CUGCUGCCGUUGGUUCGUAGUGUGGGAGUAGCAUUUUGUGGAUAUGUAAACAGUAUUUCAACACUUGCUAGCGUCAAAAACCUACCACCUGAAAUUCAACGAAAACAACAACAACAAAGAAGAAGAAACAGAAACUUCCACACUCACCGGCAGACAUGAACAUCAUUCCAGCAACGAAGCGGACCGCCUUGAAGGUUACAACCGGAGUCAUGGGCUACUUAAUCCUUCCUCAAAAUGGAGGCGCAGAGAGAGCGAUGGACUACCAAGGAAAUGCCUCCUCUCACGUAGCCGUCACCUCUUCCAUGGACAAUCACCACGGAAAUGUUGGCUCCAGCGUUGAUAACGCAAAGCGGCCGAAGAACCUGCAAGUCAACACGGCGAACGGGUUCGCGGCCAAGGCCCGCCUGGAGGACAGCAAUGUCGACGGUGGCUCUUUGCCGUGCACCCCGGAGAUGCAGUCGGACACCGAGCUCCACGUUCCCAGCUGCACAGCAAGCGACCACGUACUGGACACUGACACCAGGCAACUGAUCACGCAAUUCCUCAGAGACUUUAUCUUAAUGUCUCCACCUCGGUGGAAGGAAAGUAAAGCGCUAACAACGAUGAAGAGAGUCGUGGACGGCGUUUUGGAGAAACACCGAUAUGCAUAUAAUGGCAUGAUCAACAAACUGUCAUUAGACAACGUUGGGGACGAUGUGUCUUUUGUCAGUUCUGUAGCCAAGAGCCUCUUUGGAGAUGGCACCACAAACUGGGGUCGUAUCACCAGCCUGGUGGCUUUCGGGGCUGUGGUUUGUCAGCACUUGAAGGAGAGAGGACAACAGAACGCAGCUGAGCUGGUGGGGCAGGAAAUCUCAUCGUACCUGCUAUGUCACCAGAGAGACUGGCUCCUGAAAAACAAUUCCUGGGAUGGCUUUGUAGACUUCUUUCGAGUAGAAGAUCCAGAGUCAACACUGAGGAAUGCUCUCCUUGGCAUUUGUGGAGUUGCUGGAAUUGGGGCAACACUGGCCUUUUUAACAAGGUGAAUUUGGACACUUUUGACAAAUGCUGGAUGCUUCUUCUCCUCACAACCUUUUUGUUCUUUCGGUUUGGACUAAAGAAGAUGGAAAUGAAAGCUUGACUUGAGCUUGAUUUAUAAGAUGGUCACACGUGUUGUGACUUAUCUUGUGUUCCCUUCCACCCACACCCUUUAAAAUACAUACACCUUUUCUUGUUGACAUCAAAGGACUGGACUUAGCUGUCAGUAGUCAACUUGCAAACAAUUAGGUUUUAUCUAAUUUACAAAGAAUUUUAUUUUUUUAAUAAAUGUAAAAAGAUUUAUGCAAAUGGUAAUGGGAAGUCACUUGGCUUUUUUUCUUGAUUCUUUUUUUUCCUUUGAUUGUGUUUACAUUUUCUCAACUAUGUAAUUCCCUGGCAGUAGGGUGUUAUGGCCAGGCAAAAGCAGGAUGGGAAGAAAAUGUUUUUUUUUUCCAAGUCAUACAGCCAUGAUGCCCAUUUCCAUAGAGCCCAUUCAUAUCCCCUGGAUCAUUUGUAUGGAUGCCUCAAGCACAAGCAGGGAGGGGGAUUUGCAUGAAGUGUAGCUCUGUUUCCUUGUUAGGAAAAUGUUUCAUCUGCACUAGGACCACAUUCUGGACUAUUAAAAAAAAAAAAAUGUGAGUCUGUUGGACGAAACAAACAAGGACUGUGAGGUGGAAUGCUGCAGAUUGGACUGUUCGACUGCACCACAGCUGACAGAAAGCAGUCAUUGUAAAUAGUUUCAGAUCCUAUAAGCUAAGUAUCUGUAAAGGUUGACUUAAUAAAAAAAAGACAAAUAUAAUUCA